ACUUCCAUUUAACCCAUAUUGGCACCUUACGGAAUACGCACGUGCGGAAGAUCCAUUCAAAAAACUCUAUAGCGUCAACGACAAGGAACCUUUUAAACCGUUCUUACAACAAUUGCCGCAAAACCUCCGAGCGAGAAUCGCUUUCGUGGGACUUAUCACGACCCGUCUUCACGUACUCCGGGCUUCACGCGAGUGGGGUCCGAACGAAAACCGGGCGGCAGAAUUCUUAAAUGUUUCAAAAAUCAAUGGUUUAUCAGAUGUUUAUAAACAAACGAUCAACAAAAUAUUGAUAAAUCGACAUCCCCUCCUUCAACUGAAUAGUAGAGUAGAUAAUAGUAAUUUAUUGAUGAAAUCGGUAAUAGCUCAUGUAAUAGCAUUACACGCUUCCAUGCCACCGGAGGCCUCACCUCUCGCUACACUUUUCCAUAAAUUGGAUAAAUGCCAAAACAUAUUUAUACUAGCCUGUAUAUCAGAUAUUGAAGCUGUUUUAUUGAGUGCAGUUAUAGCGUCAGGAGGUCAAGUUACUCGGUAUUCUUGUGAAUGUGGUUCUAAAUAUGUCAUUGCUAACUGCGGCCAAGCCAUGGAGGCGAUGAGAUGUCCUGAUUGCAAAACAAGAACUAUCGGAGGUGGUGAUCAUAAAUCAGCUGCUGGUAAUCGUCGACUGGAUACUAAUCCAAUCAAAGGACCUAUCGCCAGUAACGAUCAAGCCGGAUAUAUUGGAGAGUCAACAAAUCAAACAAUGAUGCAUAGCGUUCGAUCCAUGCCACCUAUUUCAUAUAGGAUUCUACACCUAUUUGUCCACGUUCUCAUUAGUGGUUCUUCACAAGCGGUAACAAAUAACUUCCUUCAAAAGAAUAAUCAAGUCGCCAACAAUGCGGAACAAUAUUGCAUGGAUCAUAUACAAAAUGAUUGGAAUGUCUUAAAAGGAAUUCUAAACUGCAAUGAUGAAAAUUUGGCAUUAUUAUUACACUCAAUACUUUCACUGAUGACUCAAAAUCCUCCACCGGCAUCUGCAUUAAAAACUCCCGCUGAACGUGAAGAGUGGGAAACUAGUUUCACCAGAAAUUACGUGUCGCCACAAACCAAGAGCGUUACAGAAACAACAGCUAAUUUCCGCACCAUACUUGACACCGCGUCAGCCGCACAAGGAAAUAACAGCGGUAUUAUUGAAUCCUGGAUCAAUCAGACGCUAGCAAUCAAUGAUGAGCAUCAUGCUAAAUUCUUACCUCGCCUCUGGAGAAAAAUUGGGAUUAAUAGCUUCGAAAAUUUCCGAGCACAUUAUAAUGGCAAUUUAUCACAAAAUCAGAAAGACUUCCCAUUCCUCUCCGU